GUGGUGUGGGCUCCUUCCUCCUCCGAAUCUCAUGCGCCAUCUACUCAAUGUCUACGGUCUGCGAGAUGCUCUGCUCCUCAUAGGCGCCAUCAUGUUCCACGUCUGCGCCUGCGCCGUGCUCUUCCGACCUCUCUCCAGCUACAAGGUCACGUGCCCCGCGAAGCAAAGGGGCGUGUCUAACUGCACCGCUGAAGUGCGCGACGAAACUGGGAAGACCCGUGACAAAAAUAGACAACCAAUGGGCGUGGCUUCUCGUCUGGAGAGCACCAGUUGUCAGUCGGCAGACCUUAACAAUGCUGCUACACCACAGUCUGCUGGAAUAGACGGUGAUGCUAAUGAGAGGCCAUGUAGUAGCUUUGAACUAGAAAACAUUGCCAACGACAGUAUGGUCAACCUUUCCAGCUUAUGCGAGGCUGCAGGUCCACCUCGCAGACGCUUCGACAGGUCGAGCACCACGAGCAGCGUCAGAACCCUUGGGAGUCUCAAGGGCAGGUCCAGCCAAUCGCACGGCUCGGAGCGAACCGGAAGUCUUAAAAAUAAAUCCCCGCGCGCGACGGCAGCCAAUCAGACGAGCAGUUUUAAGCGCCGGAGGUUUCAAGCCAUGAUGCGCGCUAGUGGGAGCCUUGAGCGUCAUCCGAGUGCAUUAUGGGACGCCAGGCAACCGGGAAGCUUGAAAAUGGCGUCCGGCGCCUCUCGCAGCAAGGGUAGUAGCGAGGGCAGCACCAACGGGGAAGCGAUCGAAAUGUCUUACGUUAAGGGAGGAAAGUUCGAGGCCCCGGAUUCUCCGGACCGAAAGACGGGUAAAACCUUCGGUAGUUUCAAGGCUGUCGACAUCGUCAACCCUAUACGGUUUAUACAGGAGAGAAAGAAACUGUUGCAGGCAAAUAACAUCAGAUACAUGUCGGAAGCAGGAGAUACGGUCUUGCCUGCUGACCACCAUCGAUCCAAGAAAACACCCCUGAAAAGAUUUUACUCCGUGGAGACUGGCUCUCGCCCAACGGUGACGGCGUUGCCAGAGUCUUUCCUUCAUCGCCGAAUAAGACAGAUAUCCGGGGCUGAAUCUUGGGGCAGCGAGUCGUCUCUCUUUGCCAGCGCUGGCGACCUGGCCCUGGCGUCGCUGCAGAACAUCUCAGAGUCGGCGACGGAAGUGGACAACGACGAUGUCUUUUCGUUGACGUCAUCGAAGGCUCCCGAUGCAUGCAGCGGUUUUUUCAGACUCUCCGCCCAGAUAGUGUACAAAGGAGAGACUAGAAGCACCAGCGUACCCCUAUUUGAUUGGUCGUUGCUGGUUAACCCCGUUUUUCUUGUCUUUAUGGUGUCUCUUGUCUGCAUGAACUUUAGCUAUCCCAACGUCUUUGUGAUGCUGCCUUCAUAUUGCCAGGAAGUAGGCAUGGACAAAAAUGCAGGAGCUUUUAUGGUGUCCAUCAUCGGGCUGGCCGAUCUCGUGGGUCGAAUUUUCAUUGGUUGGUUUUCUGACCUUCAUCUUUUCCCGCGCAAAUACAGCUUCCUGGUCAGUCUUGCCGCGGCAGGCCUGUUCUGCACGACAUUGCCCAGCAUUAAGACCUGGCAAGGUCUGGUGGCCUUCUGCAGCUGCUUUGGUUUCUUCGGCGGCUGUUUCAUCGCUCUCAUCGCAGUCAUCCUUGUGGACCUCCUCGGCAAGGAACGGCUGGCCACGUCCUUCGGGUUGGCGAGCAUGGCAAUGGCUGUGGGGUUGUUGGCAGGUCCUGCCAUCUACGGCAGCAUUCGUGACACGACCAAUUCCUGGGACAUGGCAUUCGUGGUGGCAGGCCUGAUGUCCAUUGCAGCUGCUUGCAGCAUGCUGCUGGAACCACCAGCUCACCGGUGCCUGGACAAGACCCGCAGCCAGCAAAGUCACCUGAAGGAUGAAAUUUUGUGACCAAAAGAUCUCCAUGACAAGUUGCUUCUUGGGAGGACACAGAUGGUUCGGCUGCAAACCCUUCUGCUCCUUAAUUGGCUUGGCUGGAAAACUUAUCACAGCCUAGUGGUUCAAUGAAGGCUUUGAAUGCUGCAUGUGCAGCAAUGGUUAUUACUUUGUAAAGCACGUUAGACUAUGGCAUUAUCAUUGUUUCAACUGCUCGUCAAGAGUCAGAGGAAGCCAAAAAACAACAAAAAUGUGUAUAUAUGUACUAAAGUGGUCUGACAUUGCAUUAAGCUAACCACAAGACAGUCUCCCUGCAGAUUACUGUAUACUGACAUAAUAAUUGUAUAUAAAAGAAAUUUUAUAAGUUCGUUGAUGCAUAUUUAAAGUUUAGUAAUGUCUGGUUGAAAAAUUUUAGCAUGAUACAUGCCUUUGUUUUAUACUUUUGUGUGUUACUUGUUAAAUAAUUUUUUUUUGUACAUUUGACACUGUAAAAAAUGGUGUCUAAUAACAGUGCUGUGGUUUUUAAGUAAAAGUCAUUAUACUAACAAUACAAAGCUGCCCAAGCUUUAAAAAAAAUCAAUGUUUGUGGGGACCAAUAGGAAAUAAUUCACUUCUCCAAAUUUGUUUUAAACUCAUUUAGAGUUACAAUGUCAGGUAUUUCAGCUUUGAAAGUUGAUCUACACUUCAGCUAUUAGGUAGGACUGGUGACUGGUUCUAAAAGGAUCAGACUGCUUGCCAAAGCAGUGUGCCUGUCUUACCUUCACUGAUGUCAUCAAACAUAACAAUGUCUAUGUAUCGUAUCCUGGUGACUGAUGUUCUAUUUUUUAAACCAUUCACAAUGGUAAUCUGACCAGCGCAUUCACCAUCAAUCCACACUUUCUCAUAGUCUCUCUUUUGCAGAUGCAUAUACAAUGGUCUAAAACCCAAUGACUGGUAUCAUUAUUUGUAUGUUCUUUGCAGAGGAGGGUGUAAACAGAUGGUGACAACAUUUGUAUCGUUACAACCCCUUAAAUAAACAUGUCUUCUGCUUUGGUAGCCUAUUGAUGAUGAACUCACAAGACAAAAAUAAGAGAAUAUGUUUUACCUUUUCUCAAGUAUGGUUUAGCCUUGAGCAUCUUCUUGAUAGGGUGGAAAUAUCACACACCUUAAUCACAAGAAAAACAAAUCUCUUUUUUUUGUUUUAAUGCAAGGGAAAGUUUAAAAACAACUCUCUGAACAAUGAUCUUUACUGCAUGUGUACUCCCUUACAUUUUCAAAAUGAACAACUAUUAUAGAAUCAAACUGUCUACAUCACCUAUACAUUAAUUGUGGCAAACGG